GUAUGUCUGUGCUCGAUUGCAUUCAAAGCAAAAUUAGUAAAGAAUUAAACGAAAAAAUUAAAAUUAAUAUACGUGAUGCAGAUGUAAAAUGUAUACAACCAAAUCGAGCUCCCACUAAACAUAAAAACGUAAAAUGGAUGAAACUAAUCGCGAUGCGUCCCAGUGUGGACGAGGUGUGUCGCAGUUUAUGCUUGAUGAUUUGCAGCUUGCUGCCGAGCUUGGAAAAACGUUACUAGAACGAAACAAGGAGCUAGAAAUAUUUCUAAAGGAAUAUAAAUGCAAGGGGGAUGAGCAGGAGCGUGAAAUAGUGCAUCUUCGUAAGCAUAUUAAUGCCAUGACGGAAGUGAACGAUUCUCGCCUUAAAGUUUACGAACAGCUGGAAGUAGGUAUUCAGGACCUAGAACGCGCAAACCAACGCCUCAUCAUCGAAAAAAACUCCGAUAAAAAGCAAAUUAAAACGAUAUCUUCCAACACUGAAAUAUUAGAAUCUCGCUGCGAAGAGCUCAGCCAACUGCUAAACGAAUCAAAACAGGCCCUUAGUAUUGAGAGACGGAAAAGUGAUCGGUUGCAACAAGAACUUAAUAGCAGCAUGCCUCCUACUGAUAAAAAAAUUGGCGAUCACAGUGACAAACGCAAUAUAAAGGUAUGCCAAAACCAGAAUAAAAUCCAAGCCUUGGGGUUCGAACAUUUAGAUACCCUUGCAGGUAACAUAUUAUAUUCGUGACGAUAUUUCUCUUGAAACACAAAGUCUUUUA